AGUGCUUCUCCCAACAGCCGGUCGCUGGGUCCAAUUUCUCUAAACAAAGACCGAAAGAGGACAAAGAAACAGUGACUAGCAGUAUGAAGGAGUAAACGAAACAAGUUCCGUUCUCUUGUUUCUCUCUCAUCUUUUUCCAGUUACAGCAGCAACUUCAUCAUAAGAACAUCAUGGGAAUACUACAGGACGAUGUGGUGCUUAUCAGAGAGGCAGAGAAAGAAGGUGAAACCACCGUCAUAACCGUUAACUGCCCCGACAAGACCGGUCUAGGUUGCGAUUUGUGUCGCAUCAUUCUCUUCUUUCGUCUUAGCAUUGUCCGAGGAGACGUCUCCACCGACGGAAAAUGGUGCUACAUAGUUUUCUGGGUGGUGGGGAAGCAGAGGACCAGGUGGAGUUUGUUGAAGAAGAGGCUCAUUCAGGCAUGCCCUUCUUGUUCCUCAGCUUCUGGAAUUUCCUAUUACCGUUCUGAGGUGCAGCCUCCUCAGCCCCCCAAUGUCUUCCUUUUAAAAUUCUCUUGCCAUGAUCGUCAAGGACUUUUACAUGAUGUUACCGAGGUUCUUUGUGAGUUAGAGCUCACCAUAAAGAAAGUGAAGGUAUCUACUACGCCGGAUGGCAGAGUAGUGGAUCUGUUUUUCAUCACCGAUACCAGGGAACUUCUACAUACAAAGAAGAGAAAGGAUGACACAAUUGAACAGUUGUCAGCUAUUUUGGGAGAUCCCUAUGUUACCAUUGACAUUGAAUUGGUUGGCCCGGAAAUCACUGCUUGUUCUCAAGCAUCUCCAUUCCUUCCAAGUGCAAUCACAGAAGAUAUCUUUGAUUUGGAAUCACCUGAUUCAAUACCAAGAGGGACUUCCACAACUGAUUCUGUUUCUAUUGUGAUGGACAAUUCGCUUAGUCCUGCUCACACGCUUGUUCAAAUUGUAUGUCAAGACCACAAAGGUCUUCUUUAUGACAUCAUGAGAACACUGAAGGACUACAAUAUUCAGAUUUCUUACGGGCGAUUCUCUACAAAACCUAAAGGAAAAUGUGAGAUCGACUUGUUCAUCGUGCAAUCGGAUGGGAAAAAGAUAGUGGACCCAAGCAAGCAAAAGUCUUUGUCGUCGCGCCUUAGGAUGGAACUCCUUCGUCCUCUCAGAGUAACUAUUGUAAGCAGGGGUCCUGAUACAGAGCUGCAUGUUGCAAACCCUGUGGAGUUGUCUGGCAAAGGACGACCUCUUGUCUUUUAUGAUAUCACUCUUGCUCUCAAAAUGCUUGGCCCUUGCAUCUUUUCGGCUGAAGUUGGAAGACAUGUGAUUGGAGAUCGCGAGUGGGAAGUUUACAGAAUCUUGCUUGAUGAAGGUGAGGGUUUAUCUGUUCCAAGAAACAAGAUUGAGAAAGGAGUUUGGAAGAUGUUGAUGGGUUGGGAGUGAUCCAUAGUUGGUGCCUUGGUGGCAUUGUUCUUCUUCGAUGAACCUGUGCCCGUGUACAGAAACAUAGUAAUCAUGUAGUUAUGAUAUAUAUAUUGUGCAAAAGGUGAUCACUGCCACGCCAUAGUUUUUGGAGCUUUUGUAAUUUUAACUUAGUGUAGAAAGAAGGGCAGUAGCAACUAGCAAGUAUAGGAGAAAAGGGAGAAAUGCAGACGGAUUGUUUAGAGUAUUUUAUAAAUGAAAAUGAAUUAUUGUAAAGUGGUAAUAUUCAGUUCUUUCUUACAUACUACAUGUAUGCAUAUAUAAGCUUUUUAUUGGCAUUGCAUCCUUCUUGAAAAUGAAAAGCUUCAUUGCAAACUAAAGGUGGAAUUCAAUAACAUUCUUGACCGUGAUGAGUGGUUAA